AUGGGUAAUCAUCCUCAGUUGGACCUUGAAUUCCCUGCUUGUCGCUUGCGUAUUCGUAACGAAUUGAUCUUAACUAUAUUUCUGAGGCAAUUCGUCACGUUGUCUCCGCCUCUUCCUUCUCCAUCUGAUCCCCCAACUCCAAUAAAGUCUCCGCCUCUUCCGGGAAAGUCUCUACCUCCACCACCACCUCCUCAAUCUCCCCCACCUCUGGUAAAGUCUCCAUCUCCACCACCUUCUCUCUCUCUCCCACCUCCAGUACAGUCUCCUCCACCACCACCUUCUCAAUCUCCCCCACCUCCUGUAAAGUCUUCACCUCCUCCAGCAAAGUUUCCACCUCCACCACCAACUUCUCCAUAUCCUCCGCCUCCGGUAGAGUCUCUGCCUCUUCCAUCAACAUCUGUACCUCCACCACCUUCUCCAUCUCCCUCGCCUCCAGUAAAGUCUCCGCCUCCUCCAUCAAAGUCUCCACCUCCACUACCACUUUUCCAUCUCCCCCACCUUCGUAAAUCUCCGCCUCCUCCAUCAAAGUCUCCGCCUCCACCGCUACCUUCUCCAUCUCCCUGGGUAAAGUCUCCGCCUCCUUCAUCAAAGUCUCCACCUCCCCCGCCACCUUCUUUAUCUCCCCCACCUAUGGUAAAGUCUCCACCUCCUCCAUCAAAGUCUCCACCUCCCCCUUCUCCAUCUCCCCCUUCUCCAUCUCCCCCACCUCUAGUAAAGUCUUCUCCACCACCAUCUUCUCCAUCUCCCCCACCUAUGGUAAAGUCUCCACCUCCACCACCACUGUCUCCAUCUCCUCCACCCCCGAAAAAUCUCCACCACCACCUUCUCCGUCUCUCCCACUUCUGUUAA